GCCAGUGGGCACACCAACGACCUCAAAGAGACAAUCUAAAAUAAAUACCAGGAAAGUGGAUAUGAAAGAAGAGCUCUCAUUACACAACAAAGUAACACGAUCACCAGGAAAAGCCAUGCACACACCUCUGGUACCUAUUCAGGAAAAAAGCAUCAGAACAUCUGCAGAAACUCCAAAACUGAAACUGGAUGAGUCAGAAAAUUUAGGUGAACUUGAAAGAUGGCUGCAAACACCUAAGACAAAGGCCCAGCCUCUGGAAGACCUCGCUGGUUUCCAGGAGCUUUUCCAAACAUCAUAUUAUGCCAAGGACUCAAUGACAUCUGAAAAAACUCCAAAACUGUUCUGUAGAUCUCCACAACUAGGACCAGUGGAUUCUCCAAUGUCAAAGAGAUGUCGUAAGACAAGUCUAGAGAAGGAGGUUAUGAAAGAUCUCUCACUAGCAAGAGAGCUAACUCAAAUGUCAAAGAAAACCAUGUAUAUAUCUGAAAUGAAAGAUGGUAGUGACAAAAGCAUCUGCUGUGAGGACUCUGUAGAACAGAUACCAAACCCAACCACAAAUGAAUCUGGUGGCAGGCGACAGCGAAGAACAACUAAAGUAAAGGCUCAGCUUCUUGAAGACUUGACUGGUUUCCAAGAGCUCUUUGAAACACCAGGUGAUGCCAAGCACCCAAUAACUGCUGAUGAAACCACAAAAAUGCCCUAUAUUUCUCCAAAUCGAGGGCUACUCAGAAUAUCACCAACCUUAAACAGACAUCCCAGAGCAAGUCCGGAGAUACUAGACAUGAAAGAAGUGCUCUCAGCCCCCAUGAAACUAAGGCAGUCAGCAACCAAAGGCUUGCAUAUGCCUCUAGUACCAGUUCAUAAGGAGAAAAGCAUCAGAGCAUCUACUGAAGCUCCAAUGCAGAAACAAAACUUAAGAGAAAAUUUAAAUGGACUUAAGAGACAGCUGCGAACACCUAAGGCAAAUGCCCAUGUCCUAGAAGACCUGACUGGCUUCCAAGAGCUCUUUCAAACACCUUGUCAUGUCAACAACCCAAUAACACCUGAUGAAACUACAAAAAUUCCCUGUAGAUUUAUGCAAUCAGGAUCACUGAACACUCCAACAACCUCAAAGAGACGUUCUAAGACAAGUUUGGGAAAAACAGAUAGGAAAGAGAUGUCUUUUUUGCAGAAGCGUACACAAACAACAGAGAAAGCCAUGCAUACAUCCAAAGUACUAGAAGGUGAUGACAAAGUUUUUAAGGGUGUUGUAGAACAGACUCUGAUUCCAGCAGCAACAAGCAAUAAGAAGCAGUCAAGGAAAUGCAAGGAAGAUGUCCCACCCUUAGAAGACCUAGCUGGCUUCCAGGAACUCUUCCAAACACCAGACCAUGCCAAAGACCUGAUAAGUAUUGAUGAGACUACAAAACUGCCCUGCAUAUCUGUGCAAAGGGAAUCCAUAGACACUCCAACAAAAGUAGUGAGACGGUCUACAAGAAGUCUACAGAGAAGCAGUGUGAAAGAGCACUUGGCAGUAAUAAGUUUAACGCAAAUAUCUGGGAAAGUUGCACACACAUAUGAAGAGUCCACAGAUGAUAAAGACAAUAAAAUGUUCAAGAAAUCAAAGAAACGCAAACUGGACACAGCAGCAAGUGUUACUCCCAAUAAGAGACCAAGAGGAGAAUCUAAGAAAAACGUGCAACCCCUGGAAGACCUGACUGGCUUUAAAGAGAUGUUCAAAACACCAGGUCACAUUGAGGAACCAGGGAGUGAUGAACAAACUACACAAAUGCCAGGCAAAUUACAACCAGAAUCAGUAGACACUCCCAGAAGGAGAAAAGCAUUGCCCAGUACUCCCCAGAGGAAAAGGGCUAUAAAAGAGAAACAAGUCUUACUUACACCAAAAGCAGCAGAAGAUGAUGACAAAGGCAUCAGCACUUUUAAGGAAUCUGCAAAGCAGACACGAGACCUAGUAGCAAAUGUAUCUGGCAGCAGAUGCACAAGAAUACCUCAGAUAGAGACCCAGGUUCUGGAAGACCUUACUACCUUCCAAGAGCUUUUCCAAACACCAGACUAUGCCAAAGACCCAAUAACAACUGAUGAAACUACAAGAACACCCUGCAUGUCUCUACAAGUAGGAUCACUGUAUACUCCAACAGCCUCAAAGAGACAUUCUAAAAUAAGUCUGGGAAAAACAGAUGGGAAUAAAGUACUAUCAUCAAAUAGGACACAAAAGCAAUCACUAGGCAGAGCCAUGCACACACCUUCAGUAUCAGUUCAAGAGCAGAAAGAUAUUAAAGCAUCUACAGAAACUCCAAAGCAAAACCUGAACCCAAGAGAAAAUUUAAAUGGACUUAAGAGACAGCCACGAACACUUAAGGCAAAGGCCUAUGUCCUAGAAGAUCUGACUGGCUUCCAAGAGCUCUUUCAAACACCUGGUCAUGACAGUGACCCAGUAGCCAGUUUAAAUGGACUUAGGAGACAGCCACGAACACCUAAGGCAAAGGCCCAACUUCUGGAAGAUCUAUCUGGUUUGCAAGAGCUCUUUCAAACACCAAUCAGCCAUUCUAAGCACCCACCAACUGCAGAUGAAACCCCUAAAUCACCCCACAGAUCUCCCCAGUCACCAUCAAUGGACACUUUAACAGCCUCAAAGAGAUGUUCUAAGAUAAGUUUAGGGAAAAUAGAUAUGAAAGAAGAGCUGUCAUCACUCAGAAAGCUAACACAGUCUCCAGGCAAAACUGUGCAUUCACCUUUGGUACCAGUUCAAGAAUGGGAAGGCAUCAGAGCAUCUACAGGAACUCCACAGCAAAAAUUAGCCAUGACAGAAAAUUUAACUGACCUUAGGAGCUGUCCAAAACCACGUAAGACAAAGACCCAGCCCCUAGAAGACCUGGCUGGCUUCCAGGAGCUCUUCCAAACACCACAGCAUACCAAAGACCUAGUGACUCCAGUCAGAAUCCCCCAAACACCUCAUAGAUCUCAAUCAACACCAAUGGACAUUGUAAAAACCUCAAAGAGAUGUCCUAAAACAAGUAUAGGAGAAGAUGUGAAGGCAGAGCUCUCAGUGGUGAGAAAGCAAACUUUGAAGGAAACCAUGCGCACACACAAAAAAGUCAUAGAUGACAAAGACAAUAAAGUGUUAAAGGAAAUUGCCAAGAGAAAACUGGACCCAGCAGAAAAUGUAACUGGCACCAAGAGGCUCCGGCAAGCACCCAAGGAAAAGACUCAAACCCUAGAAGACCUAAGUGGGUUGCAAGAGCUCUUUCAAAUACCAGGUCACACUGAAGAAUCUAUCAGUGAAGAAAAGGCCACAAUAAUGCCUCACAAGUCUCCACAAUCUGAACCCAUCAGAACUCCAACAAAUACAAAGAGAGACCGCAGGACAAGACUCAGAAAAGUGAAUGUGAAGGAAGAUUCCUUAGCAGUGCGAAAACCAACACGAACAUCAAGGGCCAUUACUCAAACCUCUGAUGUACCGGAAGGUGAUGACAAAGGCCUUAAGCCUUUGGAUGAACUUGAAAAGAAAACAUUGGACCUUGCUGCAGGUGUAAGUGGCAGCAGGAGAUGUCAGAGAGCAGCCAAGUUAAAAGCUCAGUCCUCACAAGAUGUGACUGUCUCCAGAGAAGUAAGCCAAACAGGCCACACUGAGAAAGCAGUGAGAGAUGGAAAACCUUCAAAAAUCACUUGUAAAUCUCCACAAGUACCAGGGGACACUUCAGCAAUCUCAAAGAGACGACCCAGGACAAGAUUUGGGAAGGUAGAUGUGACUGAAGAGCUCUCAGCACAGAAAAAGCAAAUAGGAACAUCAGGGGAGACCAUGGACACACAUAAAGAACCCACAAGUGAUAAUAAGAGUGUCAGAGAAUUUAAGGAAUCUGCCAAGCAAAAACUGGACCAAGAAGAAAAUAUAACUGGCAACAAGAGGCUGAGAGGAACACGUAAAGAAAAGACCCAACUGCUGGAAGAUCUGGCUGGCUCUAAAGAGCUAAUCCCAAAAUCAGCUCACACUGAGGAAUCAUUGAAGAAUGAAAAAACCACAGAAAUGCCCUGCAAUUCAUCACAGCCAGAACCAGUGGAUGCUCCAGCAAACACAAAGAGGCAACUCAGGACAAGACUUGGGAAUGUGAAUGUGAAAGAAGGACUCUCAGUUGUGAGGAAGCCAACGCGAAUGUCAAGGGUCACCACCCACACUUCUAAAAUGCCAGAAGGUGAUGACAAAGACAUUAAAGAAUCUUCAGAACAGACACUGAACCCAGCCAUUACAAGCAACAGGAGGUACCUAAGAGCAACUAAGGCAAAGUCUCAGGUGAAAGACCUACCUGGCCCUAAAGAAAUAAACCAAACACCAAACCAUACUGAAGAGCAGAUAAAUGAUGUUCGUAGCCCAAAGAGCACUUCACAGCAGAUACCUGACAGUAUCGAACCUCGGAAAACUUUGCGAAGGGCUCUUAGGGUCCAUAAAGAAAAACCCAUAGAAGAUUUGGUGGACACCAAAGAACCUGCAGCAUCACAAAAUGAGCCAAUAAAGGAGAAUCGGGUCCACAGUGAGAAGAGGACUGCUCCUGGGGAGAGACAGCAAUCCCCUGAUCCCUUGAACAUCGUGAAGAAGCGCGCAAGAAUUGUUAUAAACAGAAUUGAACCUGUAGAAGAACAGAACAAUAUGAAAUCUAUCAAAAAGGAGCAAGACUCAGCCAUUCCAAUUAAGGGGAUGUCCUUACGCACCAGACGCCAAAAUAAAAUUGACGGAAACCAGCAAAGACUUGAAAUUCCUACAUCAGAAAAGGCCAAAAUAAAGAGACGUGAAAAGAAGACCAUGCAGACAUCUGAAGAGAUAGAGCAAGAGAGCCCAGAUGAUGGAGCUGGGAAACCUACAUCUGAUGGCAAAGCCAGUGGAAACAGGGUUUGCUUGAGAUCAGGAAGACAGAGUAAGAACUCCCAGCUUCACACAGCAGCAGAGGAUGGAAAGGACAAAAGCGUGAAUCUCCCUGUGAAGAAUCAGAAAGAGAAAGAGGUAACCGACAAUUCAGAGACUGUGAGUUUGAGACCCAGGAGAGCUAGAAUUCAGCCCAAAGCAAGCACGCUGGAGAGGGACUCUGAACCAAGAACAACUCGAAGUACCAAGAGAUCUGCAGAAAAUUUGGAGAAGGAUAAGAGCAUCAUGGAAACCAACAAAAUAAGAACUCGAAGUCAUCGGAAUAUUGAAAAUAUUUAGCAAAUAAAUUUAAGAAAAAAAAAUAUAUUUUUGCCAUAAGUUCUAGUUUAAUUUUUACCUUCAGUAUGAAAGUGAAGUCUGUAAAUAAUUGUGUCAGUGUAUUUAAGGGGAAAAACCCCUUAGAGUCCCUUCGCGUUGCACCCUGGUGAUCGCCGCCGUCUUGCCCAGCCGCUGAUCCCGCCUUGCGUUCCCGACCCUGCCUCGUGAAGUCCUGAAGACAGCAGUGGCUGAGCACCUGGCGCCCGGUACUGGCGACACUGGGUUGGUUCCUGUCUGACCACUAUGUGUUCAUACUUGGUGACAAAGCCCACAUACACGCCUUUGUCUAGCUUAGCAUAUAAGCCCCUUCCUCUUGUCUCUAAUCUAGAUCUCUUGUGUUGCUGCUGGCUGA